AUGGCCCCGUCACCCUCCCGCAUCGCGGGAGACCCCAAAGACGCAUUCAUAGAACCCCCUGCCAUCAGACGCCAGCGUUUAGUCAACGCCAUGGCAAAGCAAAAAGAGCAGCUCUGGCAGAACAACAAUCCCGGCAUUCCUCCCAUUCCAAAAACAAGACCGUCCCACGCUGAUAUUUCCAAGGAGAUCGUCCAAACAAUCAACUGGAUCCACCGGCACUUCAACCACCCUAACCCUUUUGCGGUGUCACCAGAAGCCGAGACGAACAAAGUGCACGACGACAAUGCCAAAGAGUAUGACCGGCUCAUCCGCGACAUUCAAGUCCAGCAGUUCAACCUCGGACUACUUGUGCUUGGAGAUAGUCCGCAGAGCUUUUUUGCCCAGUCCAUGUCGACGCUCGCGUGUAUUAAACACUGUCAGCUCGCGCUUGGACAAACUACCUUCCAAGAUACCCCGUGUGUCUUUCAAUACCCGGGACUGGGGCAGUAUGGAAAUUUUGAACCCACAGAUGACAAUUUGGAGGAACUUCGACAUGCUGUUCAUUGGUUCAAGAGGGCUGAGGUCUAUAUGGAACCCUGCGCAGCGGUAUUCCGUGUGAUUUGGUUUGAGUCUUCGCAGAAAGUGGACACCGCUGUGAGAAUUGACUGGGUUGAGGGGUUGGGGCUUAUUGAUUGA